CCUUCUUCUCACGCCGUUGCCCUGGGAUUCAUUUCUUCUCUCGCGUCGCUAGUCGUCGCUUCCGUCCUUCCCCCUCCUUCCCCUCGGGAUCGCCUGCACACUCUAUUUCAGACCUAUCGGCGCCCCAACAGCAGGAGGCGCGCUGCCUAGAGGUGGCCACGGUUGCGAAGGGUUCCAACUCAACCGCGCCACCCCUCGAGAAAAAAACCGACGGCCCUCACCGUGGAGGCCGCCUCUGGCGAACCGCCCGCCGCGCGGUUGAAACAGUGCCGCGCGCCGCGCCCCAACCGGCGGGCGGCCGAGGCCGCCGGGCGCCCUUGAAGAAAGCGUCUUCGACGAGGCGGGGCGGAAGGCACUCCGGGGGAGGGCGCGUGGGCUGGCGCUGGAGGUGUCUUCGUGGUUGCUCUGACCAAGCGGGCCCCGCAAGAACGGAGGCCGCCCACGCUGGAGUGCCAGCGGGAAUAGAAUUGGUCUCCGUGACAACAGGCGCGCGAGUGUUCUGCACCGCUCAUCAUGGACGAAAAGGGCGCAACGAGGAGGGGAAGCCAGGCGAAAAUAGGCGCUGGCGCGGUGGACGUGUACCACUCGGCGCACAACACAACACCAUUCAAGACGCUUCCUCCCCAACCUUGACUGCACCUCCUCUCUCCAUGGAGCUAUAACCCCGAUAGGGUCUUACAAAGACAGCGGGCCACAUGGACAGCAGCAGCACCAGCAGGGAGAGGGAAGCAGGCGACAGGGAGGAAAGAGGAAGAGUCAAGAGCAGCAGGGAGAGAGGCAGGAAAGCGAGCGAGAGAGGAAGCAGCAGAGCAGAAAGGGAGGAGAGCACGGCAAGCGGCGCGCAGCAGGAGGGGGGCCGGAGACCAGGGAACGACGGGAAAUUGUAUAAUCAGGCGCGGUUCACCUGCCCCGCAAGAGAGCACAACGGCAUCCUGAGGCGGCCCCAGCCAAAAAGGUGUGGGCAGAUCCCACAAAUCCGUACGGAGCUCGGGGAGACAAUACUUCAUGCAACUUGAAAGCUCUGCUUUCAGUGCACUACAGAGGAGAACAUGACGGCUGCCUGUGACACACUAUGGAAAAAUCCAUGCAGGCCCGUUGGAGAGCAUGUGCGAGCCCGCAGGCAUUCGAUGCGGCCUGGAAAUUGAACGGAAGAAGAAAAAACGCAUUCAAGCCAACGUAUGACCGUGCCAACACGCGCUGCUCGAGAGCCACCUCCGCCCGCGGAGGCCGCAGGCCCCCCCUUCCC